AAUAUGGCUUCGUAUAACCCCAAUGAUCUAUUAAAUCAGAUCUUCAACUCUCCAGAAACAUUGAAUGAGAUCCCGCAGUUGCUUAAUCAUACUCAUCAAUAUAAAACCCAGUUGAAUAGAGAAUUAACUAAACAAAUAUCGCAGUACCAACAUCCAUCCCAAUUAAAUAAUGAUAUUCUUGAAUUGAUAACUACUUUGAAGAGUACCAAGUCCAAGGCUGCUUCUACUCAGUCGAAUAUUAUAGUCAUGACCCAAUCAAUUCAGUGUUUGGACCAAUAUAAGAAGAAUUUGGUCCUUUCAAUGAAAAUAUUGAAAAGACUACAAAUGUUAAUUAUAUCCAAUAAUAAGUUAGACGGUAUCAUUCAAACUCAUAAUUAUAAAGAGAUUCUAUCAUACUUCAGUGUUGUUAAAGAAUUAAUGAGUUAUUUCAAACCAUAUAAGUCAAUCAAUGAGAUUAAUCAAUUAAAUUUAAUAAUUAACAAGACACAAAAUAAAUUAAUUGAUGAUAUUUUCAUUGAUUUUGAAGACUCUUUUACUAAUAAUUUCACUAAUAAUCAAUUAGUUUAUGGAUGUGAGAUUUUAGAGUUGGUUGAUUUAAAAUAUAAAGAUAAAUUAUUGAAUUGGUUUUAUAAUUAUCAAUUAAAAGAAAUUAAAUCAAUUUUUAAUAACUUGGAUGAAGCUGGAAAUUUAGAAAAUUUAAAUAGGAGAUACAUUUACUUUAAUAAUGUUCUUUCCAAUAUUCAGAAUAAUUACCUAUCGAUAUUUCCUUCAAAUUGGUUAAUUGAUUUAGAAUUAUCAAAACUUUUCUGUAAAAUUACUAAACAAGAUUUGAUUAAUCAAUUAUCCAAUUCAAACCAAAUCGACUCUUCUUUAUUAUUAACCUCCUUAACUAAAACUUUGGAUUUUGAAAAUAAAUUAAAUGAUAUUUUUAAAACAAAUGAUUUUGAUAAAAUAAUUUCUAAAUCUUUUGAACCUUAUUUAAUCAUUUGGGUUAAUGAACAAGAUAAGUUCUUGAGUAAUAAAUUUAUUGAUUUUUUCCAAAUUUCUAAAAUUCCUCAAGAAUAUAUCGAUAUCAAUAAUCUAAAUGAUUUCUUAACUAUUCUUAAAGUUAAUAAUAUUCCAAAUAUUGCUAAUUCUUCGAUUGAAUUAUUUAAAAUUUUCCAUAAAAUUUUAACUCAAAUUAUUAAAUUAACUAAUGGUGAAGUUUUAAUUGAUGUUUCAAAAGUUUUCAUUAAAUAUUUAUAUGAAUAUUACUUAAAACAUCUUUUACCAAUUAUAAAUCAAUCAAUUCAUCCAAAUCAAAAUUCAUUACCUUCGAAUAGUCCCUCCGAUAAUAUUGAAUCAAUCAAAUAUUUAACAAUGGUUCUUAAUACGGCUGAUUAUAUCAUUAAUAAUAUCAAUGAUUUACAAGAAAAAUUUAAAAAUCUUAUUAAUGAAGAUUACAAAGAUAAGAUUUCCUUUGAAUUAUGUCAUGAUUGGUAUUUUGAAUUAAUAAAUAAAUCAAUCAUUUGUCUAUUAAAUAAAAUAUCUGAUGACUUAAAAUUUCCUUGGAGACAAUUCGAAAAUAAUAAUUGGAAUAAUAUGGAUUCUGUUAAUGAUGUUUCAACUUAUAUGAUUGAUUUUAAAGCUUGUUUAAAUAAUAAUAUUAAAUUAAUUUUACCCCUUAUUAUUAGAGAUGGUUAUAUUAGAAAUUUUUGUGAUAAAUUAAUUGAAAAUAUAAUUUAUUCUUUUAUGAAUCAUUUAAAACUAAUAAAACCUCUUUCGAUAUUGAAUAUUGAACAAAUUUUAUUUGAUCUUUCAAAUUUGAAGGAUUACUUAUUAAUUAUCCCCCUUUAUUCAAAUCCUAAUUAUGAUGAACUGAAAAUUUCAAAUGAAGAUAUUUCGAAGCUAUACACUCGUUUGGUUAAUAACCAAUUUAAAAAAAUUGAAACUCUCUUAAAAUUACUCUUAACUCCAACUUUACCAGUUGAUAAUUUAAUAGAAAACUACUUUCAAUUGAUCGGUGAUAAAUCAGUGGCUAAUUUUAAUAAAAUCUUGAAUUUAAAAGAUAUUGACUCUAAUCAAAAGGCAAAAUACAUUGAUAAUUUCAACCUACAGUUAACUCUUUCCAAUGACUUACAAGAUGAGUCUCCAAUAUUAUCAAAUCUAGAUGAUAACUCAUCAAACCUUACAAAUAAUUCAGAAGAUUAUCAAUCCCAAAGUAUACACCCUCAAUCCCAACCUUUACCUCAACAACCUGAUAUAAAGGACCUCCUCAGUUCAAAGUCCCCUGAACCAAGCUUACCAGAGUUCUUGAAAAGCAAAAGCCCAAGGAUUCUAUCAAAUAAUUCCUUGAAGAUAAACAACUUUGAAAAAAAUUUAAGAGAAUUUGCUCUCAAUGGUGAAAACCAAGUCAACAAAUUUAACGAAAACUUUAAAAACUUCGGUAAGCUCUUCAGAAAAGACAACAGUAAUGAGUAAUAACCUUAAAAUCUUCUUUCAUUACUUAAUAGAUAAUUAUUUGGC